AUGCCGACAAAGAGACUAGUUCCUGAGCCGAAACAGGCUCAACUUGGACAAGACGAUGGGGUUUUAUCGAAACCGCUGAGUUUUACUCGGAAUGGGACCUUUCAGAUAUCCAUCUUUGAGGAUUUACAUUUUGGCGAGAAUGCUUGGGAUACUUGGGGCCCUCAGCAGGAUAUUAACUCGGUGGAAGUCAUCAACAAGGUGCUCGAUAAAGAGUCUCCCGGACUUGUCGUCCUGAACGGUGACCUCAUCACCGGAGAAAAUGGGUUCCUAGAAAACAGUACUGUUUACAUCGACCAGAUUGUCCAGCCAUUUAUUGAACGACGCCUCACAUGGGCAUCUACAUAUGGGAAUCAUGAUCACAGCUUCAACAUCUCUGGCGAGGGCAUCCUGGAGAGAGAGCAGCGUUGGCCAAACGCCCGAACAAACAGCAUGGUUCCAGGACGAGAUGCCGGUGUGUCCAACUACUAUCUACCGGUUUAUGCCGCAGGGUGCAACGAGCUGGAGUGCGCGCCUGAACUUUUGCUCUGGUUCUUUGACAGCCGCGGCGGAUUCUACUUUCAGGAGCACCAUCCGGAUGGGAGCCAGGUCGGCCAGCCAGACUGGGUUGAUAUCAGCGUCGUGAGAUGGUUCGAGCAAACGAACCAGCGAUUUGUGGCCAAGCAUGGACGAAACAUACCGUCGUUGGCGUUCGUUCACAUUCCGACCGAGGCCUCACAGGCUCUACAGACGGAGGUUGGGCGAGACACCGUUAAUCGGAAUUACCAGCCUGGUAUUAACGACGACUAUCCAGUUGCUCAACAAGCACAAGGAUGGUGUGCUGAUGGACGCAACGAUGGGACAUGCACCUAUGGUGGACAAGAUGUUCCUUUUAUGAAGGCCAUUGUUUCGACUCCAGGUCUCAUGGCUGUCUUUUCAGGACAUGAUCACGGCGCUACCUGGUGUUACAAAUGGGAUAAACUCGUCCCAGGGAUGACGGUAGCGGGCACAGGCGUCAACCUCUGCUUCGGACAGCAUUCCGGAUACGGAGGCUAUGGCAAUUGGAUCCGCGGAUCUCGACAGGUCAGCGUGGACCUCAGGACUCUUCGCGAGAAUUGGGAGGCGAAAACGUGGAUUAGGCUGGAGAGCGGCGAUGUGGUGGGCUCUGUGUCGUUGAAUGCGACGUAUGGGAAUGAUUGGUAUCCUGAGACUCCGAACAACCAGACAUAUUGUCCGACUUGCGAUUACUCCGUCAAAACACCGGGGCCGGGGUCCUUUCAGAAAAAGGUUCGUCCUGUGCGCCGCCGGAUUUGA